AUGAAGCUCAGCACCAUCUUUGGGGCUUUGGCCCUGGUACCGGCAGUGGCUGGUACUCCUCCUCACGAGGACUACGGCCAUAGUAAGAAAUGCACGACCACAAUCACCGAAUACACAACCUCAACGAAGACAACGGGCACCUGUAAGCCAACCACCUCCUGGAAGACGAAGACCGAGGUUGUGCCCACGACGGUUUGGGAAACCAAGUGGAAGACGGAGACAAAAUAUGUCCCUACGACUGUCCGGAAGACCGACACGGUAUACGUGCCAACCACUGUGUGGAAGACAAAGACAGAGACGGAAUAUGUCCCAACUACCGUCACAGACACCCAGCAUGUGCCGACCACGGUCUGGAAGACGACCACGGAGACAGACACCACCACGCUCUGGAAGACAAAGACAGAAACAGAAACGGAGACAGAGUACGUCCCCACCACGCAUUACGAGCCGACGGUCACCACGACGACCAAGAAGAUCAAGAUCACCAAGACCAUCGUCAAGACCGACACGGUUUAUGACACGUCGACGACCACGGUCCAUCAGCCAACCACAACGACCGAGACCGAGUAUGUCCCGACGACAGCGACGACUACUUCCACCAAGAAGAUCGUCAAGACAAUCAUCGAGGUCAACAAUGUCACUCAGACUAUCACCAAUACCGCCACGACAACUUUGUUUGAGACUGAAUACGUUCCGACUACCACCACAGCGACAGAGACGGAGACAUUCGUCACAUCCUACCCGGUUACCGAGACGGUGACGGACAGCACGACUAAGAUUAAGAUCAAGUGGAAGACCACAACGUUUUACAGCACCCAUGUGGUGGUCAAGACCACUGUGCGGCCCGUCACGCACACCAUUACCAACGUGAUCCCUGGCCCCAAGGUUACGCAGACGGUGACACACUACGUCCCGCCCGUGACAGUGACCACCUGCCCAGCCACGACCACGUCGGUCUGUCCCGUGCCGACGAUCGCUCCGUACAUCAACAGUAACAACAACUAUAAUAGGCGGGAACUUGUCGGGCGCACUGGCAAGAAGAACGACCAGAAGCUCAAGCCGGGCGAGCAGCUGCUCUGGGGCUGCAGCCCAGGCCGCGUCUGCGAUCUGCCUAAGCCCGGCACCUGCACGAUCUGGGAGGAUCUGCCGCCGAAAGAGUGGACUUGCCCUGCAAAGUAUUGUGUUCCCGCGCCCCCUGUCCCCAAGGUUGAGUGGCCCGAGGGCGCGACCGAGCGCUACUACCCGCUCAUCAAAGGUUACUUCAACCUCGACCCGCGCGCGUUCGGCCUGACCUACGACAUCUUCCAGCCGCCCAAGAAUCACUCGAAGCGGCAAGAUUACUUGGACGAGACGCGUGUACAUCCCGACUGCUACGGCACUUGCAACGAUGCCAACCUCGAAGCCCAGAACUUUGGUCUGAAACCAGAUCUGUGCGAGGAAGAAGUCAGCCCCUUCCUCACCUACUACCACAGAUGCGUGGCGUGCGUCGCUAAGAACGCCGACAACAUGAUAGAAACUAUGCGCGCGUACCUCGAAGGUGCCUUUAACAACUACCUUGGCUACUGCAACAUUCAGCCCCCAUACUACGCGACUCAAGCCCCGACCGAACCGCCGCCGCAGACCCAGGUCACCGAAACGCCGGACAUCUCGACCACGUCACAGGAGCCUCCCAACACCUCGGCCACGCCUGUGCCGAUUGAGACUUCGACUGAGUCGGAAACCCCGACGCCUACUCCUGAGCCAUCCGUCGAGACACCCACCCCGACCCCGACUCCGACUCCGACUCCGACUCCGACUCCGACUCCCGAGCCGUCGAAUUCAAGCGAGACGGCAACUCCAGAACCGACCACCGGGACUCCUACCCCGUCCUCCAGCUCAGAGAGUGAGACACUUGAACCGACAGCCGAGUCGUCCAGCUCGACUUCCUCUUCGUCUUCAUCAUCAACUGAAACCCCCACGCCGUCUGAGGCCUCUCUCCCUCCCGUGCCGACGCCUAAUGAGGUCGGAACUACUCAAUUUAUCACGCCUUCGGCCAGGCCGACCGAUAUCCUUGUAACGGCCGGUGCGGGUAAAGUUGCCUUUGGGUGGUUCUGGCAUAUGAUGGCGGUCAUUGCAAUGAUCAUGAUGCUGUGA